UCCUUAAACUUGGGCGUGACUUCCGCGUCUGGGUGGAGCGCCUAAACAGGAAAUGUCAGCAAUCGUUCCCAAAUCGCCUCAGCAAGCCUGAACGACGACCACGUAAAGAAUACCACCAUGAUAGCAAGAAUAUAUCACGUCAAAGGAAAUGAGCUUCAAGGUUCUUUUGAAGACCCUUAGAUGCGUUUACCAAAAGCAAGCCGAAGAUGCAGGGAGCCAUCGCGAGGGUGUGUAUGGUCGUCGCCGCCGCCAUUCUGAACCACCCCUCGCUGUUUCCGCAAGAAAACGAAACCAUCGUAGAGCAGGAUGAAGAGUUGAUGGUACGCAUGCGGGAGCAUGCGGAGAGGUUGGAAAGGGAACGAGCCAAGUUGGAGGCGGAGCUCUCGCAGGUGGAUGAGAAGGAAGCCGAUGAUGGCUCGGAAGAAGGUUACAGCUGGUACUUCUGGGGCACCGUGUCCUUCGUGGUGUUCUUGGCCAUUGAGAUGAGCAGGGUGGAUAUGGUCGAGUCGGACUCGAGGUCGCUGGACGAGGAUGAGGAGCUUUCUACCGGCGCGGUGGUACUAGACAAGGACAUCCUGAGCCACUUCUGCGACCGGUGGACUUACAACUCGUCCCACGACGCCGGAAGGAUGAGAGAGUUCGUGGAGGGUUUUGCCGACGACCUCCUGGAAUCCCUCAGGAGCGUUUCCGAUCAGGAGGCGGACAUGGAGGUGGGGGACUUUGUUGGAAUCGGAAGUAUGUUCGAGUCUUGGCAAGUGCGCAAGCCUCCGACGUGCGACCUCGUGGUGCCGUUAUCGCCUCCGGAUCCGCUGGACUUCCAGCUCAACGUCUGGUGCCAACCGUCGAGCGACGUGCCUCCCGACAGGCAAGGCUGUGGAACCGUCCAGGUGAGCCGCUUCGGGGACCAUGAGGGUGGAUGCCUGUGUGGUUCCGCCAACCUGGGAGAGGACAUGUUGUGCUUACUACACAGUAAAAGCGAAACGGGGCAGGUCGUGGAGCGCAAUCUCGAGGAGCUGCUCUGCUCCAAACAAAGGCCGCUCUUGGCCAAGGAUGGAGUCAUGAAGUGGUUUCAGGUGUCCCUCACCAAAGCGUGGGGGCGCAUCUCCCACAAGUAUGACUUUGAGGUCACGUUUCGCAGACUGGACGCACCAGGCGCCCUCAAGGUCCGAUUCCCUUCGGGCAAAGCCGUCAUGGUGAACAUCAUACCGGCCAUCCAGUUGGUGGACACCGAUGCUUAUCUGGUCUCACACUUCCCCUCGGAAAACGACGCACCCCCAGACCCGUUCUGGCCUCUCUCGCUUGCCGUCUACGAGAGGAAUCUGCUGAAACACGUCGCCAAAUUGCUACCUCGACAUUCCUGCCAUCUGCACUGCCUUCAGGUGGUCACCUUCCUCCACAGGAAGCAGACGACCCUCACGGGGGGAACCGCUUUGACCAACUACCACUGGAAAACCGUCCUGUUGCACCUGUUGCUGCUCAACAAACCGUCCGAGUGGACCGCCGACAAAACCGAGAGUAGACUGCGAGACGUGCUCGGCUUCAUGCGCGGGAGCCUCCGGGAGAAGAGACUCCAUCACGUCUUGAUCGGGAACGGCAGAGUGCCACCAGAGAUCCGGCUUCCGGAGACGUUCCGCAAAGCGGCUCCACUCAAUCUGUUUCGAGGGUUGGUGUUGAAAAGGGACCUUUACGCGGGGUCAGUGCGCCACCUGGAGGAGAUGUUGAGCAACGCAGCCAUGCUUUUACAAGAGUACGCUCCUCUCUCCUCAUCAGGCCUGGAUUAUUAGAAUGAAUUAAAAUGGUAGACUUAAAGCACUUAUUUUUAUUUAUGGUGCAUAUAUUGACGUGUAUUGCUGUAGCUGCGCUGUACGAUCAAAAGUAUUUGGACACUCUGAAUGAAUUCCAAGUUUCUCCUGGUUGUCUACAAAUUCAUUUAUAACAUCAAGUGUCCCAAUACUUUUGUCCAUAUAGUGGACUAUUCAGCAAACGAUUUUCAUUUGAAGGAGAGGAUCUUGUGAAUAUCUGAGCGAUGUGUGGGGUGUUUUGUUGACCCCUAAUAUAGGAAUGCAAAAUACCUCAUUUUGAUGGCAGCUAUAUAGAUUAUUGUCAAAAUUAUAUUCAACCUCAACCAAUAAAAUCUCUUGUUUCUUA